AUGGGUAACAUAUGUUCGAUCUCAAUCUCACUUGAUGGCAUUUUCUCUUCUUGCCAAGAUUACACUGCUAGCAGAGCUAAAUCCAUGUACAAGCUUGAAGACAAUCUUGCUGUCUUGCAGACCGAACUGCAGAAGUUAACUGAAGCAAGGGAUGAUGUCAUAACGAGGGUUAUUAUUGCUGAGCAACAACAAAUGAAACGGCUGAACCAAGUUCAAGGGUGGCUGUCCAGAGUGCAAGCUGUAGAAUUUGAAGUUGGUGAAAUGAUAAGAGAUAGCUCUGAAGAGAUUGAGAAAUUAUGUCUUGGAGGCUACUGUUCCAAGAACUACCAGUCGAGCUACAAGUUCGGAAAGAAGGUGGCUGAAAAACUGAAACUUGUGGCUACUUUAAGGGGUGAAGGAGCUUUCCAAGUGGUGGCUGAGAGGGUAAUAAUACCAAAAUCUGCAGUGGAAGAAAGACCUAGUGAGCCAAUGGUGGGCCUGGAAUCAACAUUUGAUGAAGUUUGGAGAUGCCUUGAAGAAAACCAAGCGGGUAUUUUUGGUCUGUAUGGCAUGGGGGGAGUUGGUAAAACUACCCUUUUAACCCAAAUUAACAAUAAAUUUGUCAAUACUCCAGAAGGUUUUAAUGUUGUGAUUUGGGUAACCGUGUCUAAAGAGCUGCAACUUGAAAAAAUUCAAGAAAACAUCGGGAAAAGGCUUGCUCAUUUUGAUGAGAUGUGGAAGUAUAAAAGCCUUGAAGAGAAAGCCUUGGAGAUUUUCCAAAUUUUGAGCAAGACGAGGUUUGUGUUGUUAUUGGAUGAUGUUUGGGAGAGAGUUGAUUUAACUAAAGUUGGUGUUCCUCUUCCAAACCCAACAACUGCAUCCAAAGUAAUCUUCACAACUCGUUUUGUUGAGGUUUGUGGUCAUAUGGAAACCCAAAGGAAGUUUAGAGUUGAGUGUCUAAGACAUGAAGAAGCUUGGAAAUUAUUUCAAAAGAAGGUUGGGGAAGACACUCUUAGCUCUCAUCCAGAUAUUCCCGAGAUAGCAGAAAUUGUGGCCAAGGAGUGCGGCGGUCUGCCACUUGCACUUAUUACUAUUGGCCGUGCCAUGGCUUACAAGAAGACACCACAAGAAUGGAGAUAUGCAGUUCAAGUCUUAGGAGGAUCUGCCUUUGAAUUUCCAGGUAUGGUGAAAGAGGUAUAUCCUCUUUUGAAGUUUAGUUAUGAUAGUUUAUCUAGCGAUACAGUUAGAACUUGUUUCUUAUACUGUAGUUUAUUUCCUGAAGACUACAGUGUUUCUAGAAGGCAUUUGAUAGAUUGUUGGAUUGGAGAGGGAUUUUUGAAAGAUCAUGAUAGCAUAAAUGAUGUGCAGGACCAAGGAUAUUACAUCAUUGGUGUUCUUCUUCAUGCAUGUUUAUUGGAAGAAGAUGGAGAUGAUUGUUUAAAAAUGCAUGAUGUACUUCGAGAUAUGGCUUUAUGGAUAGCCUGUGAAAUUGAGAAGAAGAGUGAAAAUUUCUUAGUUCGUGCAGGUAUUGGAAUAACUGAUUUACCAGAUGUUGAAAAAUGGAAAGAUGUCAGAAGAAUAUCAUUGAUGGAAAAUCAACUAGGUUAUCUAUCAGUGAUUCCUACAUGCCCUCACCUCCAAACUUUGUUUCUUAACUAUAACAGUUUAGAAACAAUCAAGAGUAGCUUCUUUCAAUACAUGCCUACUCUCAGGGUUUUAAAUCUAUCAUAUAAUGAUUCUCUGAGGGAGUUACCAUCAGGAAUUUCAACAUUGGUUUCUCUACAACACCUUGAUCUAUCAGAGACAGCCAUUAAAGUGAUACCCGAAGAGUUGAAGGCGUUGAUAAAUCUUAAAUGUUUGAACUUAGAGAACACGAGUUCUCUCCAUACAAUUCCCCAGCAGCUGAUAUCUACAUUUUCAAAGCUCCAUGUAUUAAGAAUGUUCAACUGUGGUUUUGUGUGUCAAACGAAAGAUAGUGUUCUAUCUGGUGACGGUGAGUUUUUGGUGAAAGAAUUGAUUGGCUUGAAGCAAUUGAAUAUGUUGAGCAUCAGCUUAAAAAGUUACAAUGCUCUGCAAAUAUUUUUGAGCUUCAACAAGUUUCAGAGUUGUACUCAAUCUCUAUGCCUUCUCUACUUUGAGAAUUCGAAGCCGAUCAAUUUUUUGUCUUUAGCAAAUAUGAAGCAUCUGGACUCACUUAGCAUUUGGAAUUGCAAAUAUCUUCAAGAGCUGAAGAUUAACUAUGCAGGGGAAGUGCAAAAAGUUCUGCAAACUCGCGGUUUCCGCAGUCUUCAAACGGUUCAUAUAGACUAUUGCUUAAAAUUGAGGGACUUGACAUGGCUUGUUCUUGCUCCGAACCUCAAGGUCAUCAAGAUAUCAUCGUGUACAGGGAUGGAAGAAGUAAUCAGUGUCCAAAAAUUGGAAGAAGUUCCGGGGUUGAUGGGAAAUCUAAAUCCGUUUGGGAAACUCCAAUCACUUAAAUUGCAUCAUCUUCAUAAGUUGAAGAGCAUCUAUAGGGAUGCCUUGUCCUUCCCACACUUGAAGGAAAUGAUUGUAUAUGAAUGUCCAGUGCUUAGAAAGCUUCCACUCGAUUCCAGGAGUGUGAAGGAAAGUAAUUUUGUUAUUGAAGGAGGAAAACAGUGGUGGGAAGAGUUGCAAUGGGAGGAUCAAGCCACUCAAAGUGCCUUUCAUCUCUGUUUCAAAUCUCGCUAAACAUGGUGAGCUUGCAAUGUUGUCUAAGUUACCUCCCAUACUCACUUCCUUCGCUGGAAUUCUGAGAGUUACGUUCUACUCACUUUCCAAGGGUUUCGAGCACAUCCCCAUCAGCGAAAGUGCGUAAGAAACAAAUCGGACCCCCAAUACAGGAAGUGGGUAUGAGGUGUUACAGUUUAUUUAUUAAUUGCUGUCUAUGGUCUAGGUUCUUUCUUGGUUAAUGACUUAUAUCAA